GGAUUGCUUUAUUGACGCACGCGCAUUGAGGCCCAACAAAGGGCCGAAAUAAGAACGGUUCGCAAGUGUGUCUGAUGUAUUUAUGUCAUAAAAAUGGUGAAAUCUGUGAAGUGGCAAGUAGAAAUUAGGAUAUUCGACGUGUCGAAUCAUGACCGAGGCAUCUGAAAAUGCCUAUCUGGUGCGGGUGCGAGCGCAAGUGAUGUGCCGCGACGAGGGCACUGGAGGCUGGGUGGCGCUGGGCGGUGGCGGCCUGGCCGACGUUAUGGUCGGCAAGCGCCGCCACCAUAGACCUUCCUCUGCCGGCGCGGACAGCAACGGGGACACAUCCACCUCUACCUCGGCUCCCACACACGAGUACUACAUACACGGGAAACGCAUCAGCGAUAGCAUGGUUGUUCUAGAAUGUACUAUAAAGAAGGAUUUCCAGUACAACAAGGUGAUGCCAACAUUCCACCACUGGGUGACGGAUGAGAAGCGCUUCGGUCUCACUUUCCAGACGGCGGCGGACGCGCGCGCCUUCGAUAGAGGAGUCAGGACAGCUAUCGAGGAACUGUUGGACGGUCUGGGUGGGGCGUGGCCGUCGCUUCACGCGUACAAAAAACACAAUCCAGCGCCAAAAGACGACGACGAGGAGCAAAACAUAUUUGAAUGUCUCAAUCUGCCGUCGGAUUCCCGUUCAAGUUCCGAUACGUCGACGACCAGUCGCCGACGCGCCGACAUCUCGCAGACGCCGAUACUCUCCGCAAUCACUGGGCCCAGACAUCCGCUUGACGAAUCCGGGAAGCAGUUUGAAGUACAAUAUGAGGACAGAGGAACCACCGAGGAGUCUGACCCUGAACGAUGUCCUUAUGUACACUUGAGAGCGGUACACGAGUACACUUACCCACAAGUGGGCGCGGGCGUGGGUUCAGAGAGAUCUUCACCCAACACUAAACCACCGUUACUUAAACGGGACUCAGGGUCAAUAAAGAAAUGCAGCUAUCCAGGUCCACCGCCAUUACCGGACAAGAAGCCAACUGACACAUUCCAAGCGAGGCUCAAAUGCAGACACUGUCACGAAUGGUACUUGGAGAGCGCGAACCGAGCUGGAGCGUGCGAAUUCGCGCCUGACUGUUGCCGCACCUGCAUAGAUUGCGUCUCAUGCAUCAAGUGCGCUCAGUGCAUGUUGUACCACUGUAUGUCUGAUGCUGAAGGUGAGUUCGCGAUGCAUCCCUGCGCCUGCAACAAACCUGACGACGCGUGCGCAAAGAGAUGGAUUGGUGUGGCAUUACUAAGUCUGUUAGUGCCAUGUCUCUGUUGCUACCUGCCACUGCGCUGCGCACAUCGAGGUGCGCGGGCGCUGCAUCUCGCGGGCGGACACCACGCCCCGCAGCGCAACUAGCCACG